UCACCCCAACUGCUGUUCCAGGACUUUCCAGCUUUCGCUGAGAGAUCAAGAUGCAGAUCUUCGUGAAGACCCUGACCGGCAAGAACAUCACCCUGGAGGUGGAACCCAGCGACACUAUCGAGAAUGUCAAGGCCAAGAUCCAGGAUAAGGAAGGCAUCCCUCCCGACCAGCAGAGGCUGAUCUUUGCAGUCAAGCAGCUGGAAGAUGGCUGCACCCUGUCUGACUACAACAUCCAGGAGUCCACCCUGCACCUGGUCCUCCGUCUUAGGGGUGGCUGUUAAUUCAUCUCAUUGCCU